AUGGAGACCCCUCAUUCACCGCAGACCCGCACCAACGACUCCAGCCGGACAGUCUCGCUGGGGUCGGGCCCCGGAGAAAUGGACUAUAUCGAUCUGCCUGUCCGUGAAUUGAAUGAUGGAGCCGAUCUUCGAGAAUACAUUACCGAAACACGAGCUGGUGAAAUCAUCAAGCCAAUCAAGUCGAACGUUACGGGCCAAAUGGAGGACUGGAAAUUGGUCACCUUUACUAUUGAUGACCCCGAAAAUCCUAAGAAUUGGUCCAAGUUGUACAAAUGGUACUGCACUAUGGUUGUCGCCUUUACCUGCUUCGUUGUCGCCUUUGCCAGCAGUGUUAUUACCGCCGACUUAGAGGGUCCCAUGGAGAGCUUUGGGGUCGCUCGCGAAGUCAGUCUUGUCGUGGUAACCGUUUUUGUCAUUGGGUUCGGAGUUGGACCCAUGGUAUUUGCUCCAAUGUCAGAAAUGUUUGGCCGGCGUCCAGUGUAUGCCGUUACUCUGCUGAUCGCUGUGAUAUUUGUCAUUCCUUGCGCUGUCGCAAAGAAUAUUGGUACUUUGAUUGUCUGUCGCUUGAUUGAUGGUAUUGCAUUCAGUGCACCCAUGACACUGGUUGGCGGUACCCUUGCCGAUCUCUGGAGGAAUGAAGAGCGAGGUGUUCCAAUGGCAGCUUUCAGCGCUGCCCCUUUCCUUGGCCCUGCCAUUGGCCCUCUUGCAGGAGGUUUUCUUGGUGACAACUGCGGUUGGAGAUGGCUCUACUGGCUGCAAUUGAUUCUGUCUUUUGUUGCUUGGGUCCUAAUCACGUUCACCGUCCCCGAAACGUAUGCGCCAAUUCUGCUGCAGAAACGAGCCGCAAAACUGCGCAAGACUGAAAACGACCCCAAAUAUACCACCGAGACUGAGCUUGACCCUCGUCCUCUGGGCCAGAAGCUGCGCAUUUUCCUUUUCCGCCCCUUCCAGCUCCUCUUCCUUGAGCCAAUUGUCUUCUUCAUUGCAAUUUACAUGUCCGUCCUCUAUGGAUUGCUGUACAUGUUCUUCGUUGCGUACCCUAUUGUCUACCAAGGUGGUAAAGGCUGGAGCGCCUCGAUGACUGGCUUGAUGUUCAUUCCUCUGGCCAUUGGCGUGCUUAUGAGUGCGGCUUGCGCUCCAUUUGUCAACAAGAAUUACCUCAAGAUUUCGGCACAAUGUGGUGGGAAGCCGCCAGCAGAAAAACGUCUGAUCCCCAUGAUGUGGUCGUGCUGGCUCAUUCCUAUUGGUCUUUUCAUUUUUGCGUGGACCUCAUACCCUUCGAUCCACUGGUUUGGCCCAGCUAUCGGUGGAUGGCCCGUUGGAUUCGGUUUUAUUUUCCUGUAUAACUCGGCAAACAAUUAUCUUGUCGAUACCUAUCAGCAUCAAGCUGCUUCGGCUUUGGCUGCCAAGACUUUUCUUCGAUCCAUGUGGGGUGCUUCUACAGUUUUGUUCACUGAGCAGAUGUAUGACCGCCUGGGCUACCAAUGGGCAAGCUCACUCCUUGCUUUUAUCGCUCUGGCUUGCUGUGCCAUUCCCUAUGUCUUCUAUUUUAAGGGCGAGGCCAUCCGUCGCUUCUCUAAGUAUGCUUUUAGCGAUGACGAGGAGAAGGCUGUUAAGGCCUAG